CGGACCACAUCUGGAAUUCAUUGCAAGUCGCCGCCGGAAAGAGGAGGAGAGAAGGGCGGGGCGAAUAGGGAGUGGGGGCCGGAGGCGGCGGCUCUGCCCGCCUCCCUCUUGUCCUGGGUCCCCAACUCCGGGACGUAGACCGAGCCUAGCUAGCAGCCUCCAAACCCAGUCACUGGCUGUCCCGGGGCGCAGACGCCAAGGCCACUCAGGCCAGGGCAGGGACCCCGGCCGGCCUAGCCAGGUCAGCAGGUGGCAUGAAGCCUGAGGUGCCUGUGUGUAGGACAGAACUGACAAGCUGUCCAAGCCCUACCUUGGACUUGCUCUAUGGAAGGCAGUUCUCAUCCCCAUGGCCCCAGCUGGCCACUGAGCCCCACCAUGGGUGGCUUAUAUUCAGAGUACCUCAAUCCUGAGAAGGUCCUGGAACACUACAAUUACACCAAGGAGACGCUGGACAUGCAGGAGACGCUCUCCCGCAAGGUGGCCUCGGCCUUCAUCAUCCUCCUAUGCUGUGCCAUUGUGGUGGAGAACCUUCUGGUGUUAAUCGCUGUGGCAAGGAACAGCAAGUUCCACUCAGCAAUGUACCUGUUCCUUGGCAACCUGGCUGCCUCCGACCUGCUGGCAGGUGUGGCCUUCGUGGCCAACACCUUGCUCUCAGGGCCUGUCACUCUGUCACUGACACCUUUGCAGUGGUUUGCCCGAGAGGGUUCAGCCUUCAUCACUCUCUCUGCCUCGGUCUUCAGCCUCCUGGCUAUUGCCAUUGAGAGACAUGUCGCCAUCGCCAAGGUCAAGCUUUAUGGCAGUGACAAGAGCUGUCGAAUGUUGAUGCUCAUUGGGGCCUCUUGGCUGUUGUCACUGGUUCUGGGUGGCUUGCCCAUCCUGGGCUGGAAUUGUCUGGACCAUCUGGAAGCCUGUUCCACUGUCCUGCCCCUCUAUGCCAAGUACUAUGUGCUUUGCGUGGUCACCAUCUUUUCUGUCAUCUUAUUGGCUAUCGUGGCAUUGUAUGUUCGAAUCUACUUUGUAGUCCGUUCCAGCCAUGCGGAUAUUGCUGGUCCUCAGACACUGGCCCUGCUCAAGACAGUUACCAUUGUACUGGGUGUUUUCAUCAUUUGCUGGCUCCCAGCUUUUAGCAUCCUUCUCUUAGACUCUACCUGUCCUGUCCGGGCAUGUCCUGUCCUCUACAAAGCCCAUUAUUUUUUUGCCUUUGCCACCCUUAACUCACUGCUCAACCCUGUCAUCUAUACAUGGUGUAGCCGGGACCUUCGGAGGGAGGUGCUGAGGCCCCUACAGUGCUGGCGGCAGGGAAACAGAGUGACAGGCCGUAGAGGUGGGACUCCGGGUCACCGGCUCCUGCCCCUCCGCAGCUCCAGUUCACUGGAGAGGGGUUUGCAUAUGCCUACAUCACCCACAUUUCUGGAGGGCAACACAGUGGUCUGAAAGGAAGGGGUGAACUGACAGACAACCAAGCCACAGAGAGAGCUCUGUGGGGAGAGCUCUGUGGGGAGUGCCACAGGCCUAGUAGAACUGACCAUAACUCAUAGGUCAGUUGGCCAAUGUAGACACUGACUAAACAGAUUGUAGUACCAUAACUGUGGGGACUGUUAAGGGUCCAGGGACACAGCAGGCUGGAGCUUAGGGCUAGAGCAUUUGCCAUUUGGUACAAAGGGUGUCAGUAUCCUAUCCUACCUUCCAGCCACCUGGCUCCCUGCCUGCUGCUUUUAAGACAGGACCUCUCUAUGUUGCCCUGGCUGCCCUAGAACUUGCUAUGCAGACCAGCCUGGCCAGGAGCUCACAGAGGUCGCCUGUCUCUUCCUUCUAAAUGCUGAGAUUUAAAAGCUGUGUACCAUCAUACCCAUCUCCUGCCACCUUCCAUAGACUUCCAUAGUGGAAACACUGUCCUCAGGGGACCCAAGGCUUCCUCCCUGUCUGUCUGAGGCCUAAAUCCACAGCUUCCCCAAUUUCACCAACUCAGUUACUUCUUCCCUUUCCUUUCAUGUUCUGGGAAAGGAAACCUGUGUGGGUACAGGGAGGAGGAGCCUAGGAUCCUAGUCUUCAUCCUCAGACCUCAUUGGCUACUUGCUCUAUUGGAGAGUACAGAGGAAUCAAUUGAGGGCUGGGGAAAUCAAUGUGGGGCAGAUGCUAAGGAGGCUUUGGUCUUCCUCAGGAGAAAACUCUCGGGGAGAUAUUGGUCAUUCCUGGAACUCCCAUUCCCAAAUCCAGCCUCCCUCCUCACAAACUAUUCCCACCUUCAUCUUACCCCAGGUACCAGGUCCUCUAAGGCACGGCAGCCUUGCAAAUUGUCUUUGUUGUUUUUAAAAAUUGUGACAGGGUCUUCUGUAGCCCAGCCUGACCUCCAACUCACUAUGUAGCCAAGGCUGGCUUUGGACUUCUGAUUCUCCUGCCUCUACUUCCUGGAUGUUGGUAUCACAGGGGUUCACCACCAACACCUGUUUUGCAAGUUAUCAUGAAUAACAUAGUUAACAGAGAUGUGAGGUGGCCAAGGAUAUUCCUGGGUACUCAUAUGUAACCUUCCCUUGAAGGACUUUGCUAAAUCCUGUGGUGAAAUAGAAAGUCCAAUGCGGUACAAAAUGUAUUUAUAUAUGUCUGUGUGCCCGUGUGUGACAUAUCCCAGUGUGGGUGUUGUCGGACUGCUUGUGUUCACAUCCCUGUUGAAACUGCCAGAGAGAUAUAUAGGGGUGGGCUCUGGCCAUGCAUAGACCCCUUGGGAAUCGCUGGUUCAUCUCUUCCACACAUAGAAACCUUUGCCUCAGGUUUGUGAAAGAAAAGGUGGAGGAAGGGAAAAUUUGGGAUGCAAGGAGCCAGUUGGAGGUGUAUCUCCUCUCAUAUAGCUUCCCAGAUACCCUACUUGUGCUGGAGACCCAGAUCUGGGCUAAUAAACAGUUCAAUUUCU